AUGGUAUCAGAAGAAAUCAACUCAGACAUGACAACACAAACGAAAGAUCCUACUCAAGAUCCAAGCAACCCCCUCUUCCUACAUCAUUCGGAUGGACCCGGGCUUGUUCUCACCUCUCAGCCUCUUGAUCACAAGAACUAUACCACAUGGAGUCGUGCGAUGCAUGUGGCUCUCUCCGUGAAGAACAAGCUUGCCUUCAUAGACGAAACUCUCCCGAAACCCGCUGCCACAGAUUCUACCUUCGUUGCUUGGAACCGUGGAAAUAAUGUGGUUAUAUCCUGGCUCUAUAACUCUGUCUCAAAGGAUAUAAUCACGAGUAUUCUCUUUGCAACCAUUGCCAAAGAGAUUUGGGAUGACUUGAAAACAAGAUUUUCAAGAAAGAAUGGACCUCGGAUAUUUCAACUCAGGCGCCAAUUGAUGUCUCCGCAACAGGGAUCAAAUGACGUCAGUACAUACUACACCAAAUUGAAAUCAAUAUGGGAGGAAUUAGCUGGUUACAAACCGAAUUUUCAGUGCACCUGUGGAGGACUUCAAUCCCUUCAAGAACACACACAAUCUGAAUAUGUCAUGUCCUUCCUGAUGGGUCUCAACGAUUCUUUUUCACAAAUCCGUGGUCAGAUCUUACUCUCUGAUCCUCUUCCUUCAAUUGGUAACGUUUUUUCCCUAAUUCUUCAAGAAGAAGCUCAGAAAGAAAUUGCAAUUACACACAGUUCUAAUGAUUCUGAACACAUGGCUUUUAUUGUGAACCAACCGAAGACACUUUUCGAGAAACGCUCGAAAUUAUUGAACUAG